AGUUCCAUAUCGUCGCUGGUUACCAACUGGCAUCAUCAUCAGCUCGGAGAAAUCAGAUUUGGCGCUCGGGUGCUCUGCUGUUUCGCGGACAUGGCCAAGAAAGGGAUCCAGUAUGUCGUGGUGGAUGCCUUCACGGCCGAGCCGUUCAAGGGCCACCCGGCCGCGGUGUGUUUCCUCGAGGACGACGCCGCCGCCCCCACGGGGGACGGGCGGUGGAUGCAGUCCGUCGCCGUCGAGUUCAACCAGUCCCAGACCGCCUUCCUCUCCCGCGACUCCUCCUCCCUCGCAGCCGGCGCCGCCAUCCCGCGGUUCCACCUCCGCUGGUUCACCACCGUCACCGAGGUCGCGCUCUGCGGGCACGCGACGCUGGCAACAGCCCACUUCCUCUUCACGGCCGUCCUCGGUGAGCGCCAUGGAGUGGUCGAGUUUGCGACCAAGUCCGGCAUCCUGACCGCCAAGAAGGUUCCUGCACCCGAGACGGAGGAGCAGGGGAAGCUGUUCAUUGAGCUGAACUUCCCCAUGAGUGAUUACGUGGGUUGCGACCCCGCCGACGAGCUGCCGUCCAUCCCGGAGACGCUCAACGGCGCGUCCGUCGUCAGUGUUCACAAAUCGUUGACCACCACCGACUUCAUUGUCGAACUUUCAUCAGGGAAAGAGGUCGCCGAUCUCCUUCCUAACAUCGAAGAAAUUGGAAAAUGUGCAGGCAGAGGCGUGAUUGUGACAGGGCCGGCACCUCCUUGGUCGGGUUACGACUUCUUCUCACGUUUCUUCUGCCCAAAAUUUGGGAUUGAUGAGGAUCCUGUAUGUGGCAGUGCACAUUGUGUUUUGGCACCCUAUUGGGGUGAAAAGCUGGGGAAACAAAAAUUGAUAGCGUUUCAGGCAUCUCCAAGGAGUGGAACACUAUAUCUGGAGCUGGAUGUUGCAAAUAAGAGAGUGCUGAUUCAGGGAGAAGCUGUUACCAUCAUGAGUGGGACACUCUUCGCGUAGCUAGCAUACUGACAUCUACUCAAGGCACAACCAUUUGUGGACUUGAACUAUGAACUAUGGCGAGAUGGUUAUAUUUGCUGCAAUGUGCUGGUCUAACACUGAGUCGACCAGUUUAUGGGAAUAAAAAGGUUUUAGCAUUGUAACAAGGUCAGGCAGAACAAGCUGAAGCUGCAUUGUAGCAUCCGGCUAUUUCACCUCUCCCGUAGUGAUAAUUUUAUUGAAGUGUUGACCCACCA